AUGCGCCCCCUAAAGCUUUCAUGGCCCAAUACAUGGCCCUGAACGGUGGGGCCCUGCCUCACCCAGCACUUUUGGCCCACGGGGGCCUUCCGUUGCCCCCUCACCCGGCGGCCCCGUGGACUCAACCGUUGCAGCAACCGCAUGGUCACCCAGAAAUGGCUUUUAAAGCGAGCCCUCACCCGGAGGCCAUUGCGAGAUCGUUGGCGUGCCGAGCUUCGUACGAUGAGGUUCUCAAGCAGCUUGACAGAUUCCGCGAGGAUCAAAAUCGAUCGGACAGGAUCUUGGGACUGGAUCGAGAAGAACGGGAAAAUCUUGAUAGGGAAACUCCAAGUAAAGCGAACGGCUACGGCGAUGCGGACGUCUUGAACCUAAGCAGCAAAUCAGACUCACACGAAGACCUAAGCGAAGCCGGCUUAGGGUCGCACAGGGCAGGCAACAGCGAGGACGGCGAGCGUGACGGUGGUGAGGCCGGCGGAGGGCCGACCGUGAACGGCAGAGGCAGAGCCGAUUCUUCGCCGUCACCACUAAGGGAUUCUUCCAACUCGAAAUACUCGAACAACCUGACCAAUUUUAGUGCUUACAAUCACCAUACUCUUCUUGGUCGGCACCCACAGCUACAGCCCACUGAUGAUGACCACGAGAAAGAGGAAGGGCUGUCAGAUAAUGACGAUUUCGACGAUAAAAACGACACUAGCGACCACGACGACUUCGACUUCACGGAACGCUCCUUCAAAUCCCCAUUGAACAACAACAACCAAAGCACUAACAACAACAACAUCAACGGCAACCCGCCCACCAGCAACGGAGGUUUGUUGGGCCUUGUCAACAGCAGCAGCGGCGGCAGCAGCAACAGCAGCAGCAGCAGCACCGGCAGCAUCAUGAAGUUGAUGCCUACAGCACCUGAGCGACUGGACGAACGGUUACAUCCAUUGGGCCUGCCCCUUGGAGGAGCCCUUAUGGGGUUGGGUCUAGGCGCUGGUGGGGAGGGCGUUCCCAGCGGCCUCCAGCACUCAGGGGGACCCGUUGGGGGAGCAGGAGGAGUGGGUGGAGGGGAUGGGGUGGUGGGGCUCGCAGGUCCCCCGCUCUCAAGCCUCGAGAACCUCCUGGGGAACAUUCAGAACCUCCUGAAGGUGGCUACGGAGAGCGUGCGGCAUGAGGAGCGUCAAAAAGAACAACUGCGGACAGAAUUUCUACGCCAGAAAGAUAUCAAGGAGCGACUUGAAAAACAGCUCGUCGAGGACGAGAAGCAAAAAGAGCUGUACCAGCGACGUCUGAAGCGUGAGCGCCGCGCCAGAAGACGACUGGAGGAAGAACUGACCGAGAAACUGAAGAGGUUGUCGCAAUACGAGCCUAGCGGCGUCAAAGAGCUUCUCAAGACUUCAGAAAUUAUAACGCAAGAGAGCAGAAAUGCAGCCGUCGCAGCAGCGAUGGCCGCUGUUGUGUCCGCUAGCGGCGGCCUUGCCGUUUCCUCACCGUCUUUGUCCGCCGGUGGCCACGGUGGCGGAAAUGGACUCAUGAACGGCGGGUCCGGCGACAACGGCUGCAACAACGGCGGAUCUGCUGCCGUUGCCGCCGCUGUGAUGGCUGCCGCUAGCGGUGGAAGUUCAAUGGGCGUGAGUGGAAUUUUGACUUCCACAGCUGGAGGUGGAGGUGUGGGAUCGAACAACAUGGGGCUUCAUCUUCCCCAACCUUGCGUCACUUCCCCCAAGAAGGAAUCGCAUCGCCACAGCCCCAAGUCUUCACCCGAACUCGACGUGCGGCCUCCCCCAGUCUCGGACGCUGCAGCUUCACUUUUCUUCAGCAAGUCAAUGCUGUUCAACUGCACCGCUUGAACUGGUUCCGCAUCCGCGGUCAGUGUCACACUUGCAGUCA